GGGGUCUUUCAUCCUAUCGUUUCUUAUAACAGGAAGUUUGAAGCCGGAGGCGAUUGGUCAAGAUGCCAGAGGAAAUGGCGGACGGUGGGAGGAGGCUUGUGACCCUCGACGACCUCAUAGAUGCUUUGGACAAGCGCGAGAGGGCGCCGAGCAAUGUCCCAAAGGUCGAGACGUUUCAUUUCAAUGGAGAUCGGGUAUCUGACUGGUUGGAUCUGAUAGAGCAGGCGCUGGGGGGACUGUUAGAUGAGGUCAAGCUCCAGCGGGUUCUGAGGAAGUACAGGCUGGGGGAUGGCCUGUUGACCAUGGCCGACUUGGAGGCCAUGAACAAGGAAGACUUUUCUACCAUUGGGGCGUUCGUGCACGAGUUCAAGAAAAAGGCGAGGAAAGUGCACGGGAUUUCUGAGGAGGCGCAGUGCGCCACAUUUUUGGGGCUGCUUACGGGCUCGGAGGCCACAAAGCUGACAAAGUAUGGGGAAGGGAGCGAGAGGCUCACCUGGGCAACCAUUGACAAGGGAGUGGGAGAAGGGAGCCUGGACCAGGUGGAGCAGCACCAAAUGAGGCUGCAAAGGCGCAAGAGGAAGGAGAGGGAUGCUACCGCAUCCGGGACCCCAGGGGUGAAGAGAAUUGUCACGAACGUGUUGGCGGCACUGGGGUAUGAUAACGAAGCGGAGAUACAGAAAAAAGGGGUGCUAGUGGCCCAAGGCCGGGCGUCAGGGGUAGUGGAUGAGGAGGUUGGGCAAGAAGACUACGGCGGAGGGGAGACAGAUUCCCAAGUCCUGACUAAGGCCCUGAGGAAGCAGCGCAAUCUGCUGCAGGGAGGGCAGGGGUCAGGGAAGGGGCAGGCUCCCCAAGCCAUUGCUGCGCCACCGCCUGUCGCCGCGGCCGCGCCGACACCAGCAGGAUCGUCGCACAUGGGGCCGCCACCAGCUUGCGGACACUGGGAUUUGCAACGAUUGAAUGCAGUGACGAUGCGGGACGCGGGAGGAUUGCCGAACACGGACGCCCUGUCAAAGUCAUGCGCAGGGAGGCCUAUAAUCUCACUUAUAGACCUUUAUUCUGGGUAUGACCAGUUUCCUGUGUACCCGUCGGAUAGGCCGGUGACGGCGAUGCAUAUGCCAAGGGGGCUGAUCCACAUGAACGUGGCCCCUCAGGGGUGGACUAAUGCGGUGGUGAUGGUGCAAAGGCACAUGAUUAGGGCCAUGCAGACGGUUAGUCCACAUAUUACCGAGCCCUACAUUGACGAUUUGGCGGUCAAGGGUUCAAAGGAGAAGGAGGAAGACGAAGUGAUGCUAGGAGUGAGGCGGUUCGUCUGGAAGCACAUCCAGGAUAUCGAUCAGGUUCUGGGUCUGCUGGAAGAACACAACCUGACGGCGAGCGGCCCCAAGUCGAAGCAUUGUAUGAGGGAGGCCACGAUUCUGGGUUUUGUCUGCAACGAGAAGGGGCGGAGGCCAGAUGUGAAGAAAACGGACAAGAUCCUAGAGUGGCCAGUCCCCUUUCAGUCAAUAACGAACGUGAGGAGCUUCCUUGGGACCUGUGGGUUUUGGAGGAGUUUUGUGAAGGACUUCGCCACCAAGACGGAGCAUCUAAGGAAGCUGGUGCGUCAGGAUCAGGAAUGGGUCUGGGGCGAAGACCAGGAAAAGGUUGUGGAAAGGAUGAAGGGAGAGUUCAAGGAAGGAGGCUUAGUGCUGGGAGCGCCAAAUUAUGAGGCUACGGAGGAAAAACCAUUCAUUGUCGAGACAGACGCUGGACCAACUGCCUUAGGAGGGGUCCUGAUCCAGGCAGAUGCGGAUGGGAAGGAGAGGCCGCUAAGAUUUGAAAGUCGUACCCUUAAUACGACUGAGAGGAACUACUCCCAGUUUAAAAAGGAGACGCUGGCGAGGUUGAGAGCUUUCCCUAGAGGGCGCCAUGGCACGCCCAUUCGAUUGGAGGAGGGGAACACGGAGGAGUUCAUUCCCGCAUAUGAGCACUACAUGUUGAGUCAGGGGAUUGCGCGAGAGGAGUGGGUGCAGGCCCUACUUAUCUGGACGAGGGGGGCAGAGAGGCCAGUGGCCAAACUGAUUCGGGAGAGGGCCCGAGACUGGGAGGACUGUCAGGCCCAACUCAGGAGGGCGUUCGGAUGGCCAGAGCGCGAGAGGCACGAGCCCAGGGUUGAGAGGCGACGGCGAAGCAAGAGGCCAAGGGAGCCGGCACCGAGAGAGGUGGGGCUGCCCAGAGAGAGGAGGAGGGCCCCAGCACAGCGGGAGGAUGAGCCCACAAGGCCCGCAUUGGCAGAGGAGUCGUUCCCUGCUUGUGGCCUCCGGGCGGUUGAGUUUCGGCGGAUUACGAGCGAGGAGUUGAGACCGCCCUCACCGUUACCAUCAGCGCAGGAACUAGAUAUACCAAGAGAGACGCCAUUUCGGAGCUUAGCGACUCAUCUUGAUGUAUCUCGAUGGGAGGCCUCACGAUUGGGGGAGGGCUCAGUUGAGCCGACGUGCUAUGUGUCGUUGGAGGAGCCUUUGGACCCCGAGACGGAGACGGACAUGCGAGACCGAGAGGAGCCGCAGGAUCCGAAGAUGGCAGCCGAGCAGCCGGAUCCGGUACGGCCUCAGGGCAGGGAGGUGAUCACGGUCGGGGACGAUACCCCGCCACGCUCCCCAGUUCCAGAGCCAGCACAACACUCAUGGCCAGAGGGAAUUCCUGAGCCAGGCAGCGAGGAGAUUCCGGAGUCUCCCCCUGAGGCCACCGCUAUGCCUGAGCAGGAGGCAGAGGCGGAGGAUCAGGGAGUGGGUGAGAGAGCGAGGGUGGAGACGCCCCUUGACUUGCCAUCGGCCAUGCACGUGACCAGGAGCCCAGUUAUCGGGGGGCCUGUUCCAGCGGAGCUACCGCCAGCAGUGCCAUGCACGAGUGAGGGGAUGGGGGCUGAGGCGUCGACUCCGGAGGGCCAGGGGCCGCGAGUGAGAAGAACCCCAAGAGAGACCCGCGAAGAGAAGUCCGCCCGAGUGAGGGUCCGUCUGGAUGAAAUACACGCAAGGCAGGCUGAGAUGGAGGCAGCAGGAAUAGAACCGACACCGCCGGUCGAGCCCAAGACGAGUGAGCGGAGGAUCGACGAGUUGUGGGCUAGGUAUGAGAGCCAGAGGGAUGCAGCCCGCCAGAGGUCACGAGAUACAGGACAGGCGGACGAGGAGGCGGGUGAGCUGAGGGAGAUGGGGGACUUGGGAUUCUCUGCGACUAGGAUGGCGAUUGAGCGAGUGGACAGGAAGAUAUGCGAGACGGCAGUUACAUCCUUCCAGUGGUAUAACCUACUCAGCGGUGAGCUCAGGGUCAAAGAGUUGGAGGUGGGGCACCUGACUAUGAGGGCGCGAAACCGCGGUGGGUAUGCCCACGAAAUAAGCCGGCGCUCGGACCCAGAUGAGGGAGCUUGGUGGGCAAGGCCGUGCAUCCCGAACAGCCUGGGGGCCGCUGCCUCCGCGGCACGGGCUGUGUCUGUCGGGACACCGUUAGAAGUCGGGACGUCACAGAAGGGGUGGGCAUGGCCCAUAUGUGUGGAUGGCAUGCGCGAACCGAAGGUAGCAAGGGCGGACCCGAGCGUUGCUGCCAUCGUAGUUCGCAGCGCGCAAUGGGCCCGCAUGCCUGAAUCCUGUAAAGAAGGGAGACUCACCGGACCCUCCGAGGAUCUGCGCGACGUGCCAAUGAGGCGAGGGUGAAAAUUGGGGAAGAUCUAGGAAACGAUAUAAAGAAGAUUCGCCUGAUUCCGGUGCAAAGGCUCG